AUGUCCGAGCCAUCGACAGCGGGAUCAGAGCCAUCGAGCGCGGCCGUGGACGGACCGGCGCAGACACAGGAGGCCGCCGCGCUCGUACGCGAUGAGGAGAUAUGGUUCUCGGACGGAAAUGUGGUGCUCGAGGCGCAAGGACGCGUCUUCAGAGUCUACCAGGGGUUGCUUUCUCGCGACUCCGAGGUGUUUCGUGACCUGUUCACGAUCCCCCAACCGUCGUCUGAAGAGACCUACGAUGGAUGCGCUGUCGUGCACCUUAUGGACCAUCCCGAAGAGCUGCGUCAUCUCCUGAGAGUCAUCUUCGACGGGAAGAGGUACUAUCAUUCCAACCACCAACUCGACUUCUCGAUCGUUGCUGCCCUUGUCCGACUGUCCAACAAAUAUCAAGUCGACUACGUGCGCGAUAUUUACCUCUCAAGGAUGACGUCGUGCUUUUGCACCGAUCUCAAGACCUGGGACGCAGUACGCAGUAAACAUGGCAGUUCUGUCAUGAACUUCAGCGACAAAGACGCCAUCGCUGCGGUCAAUAUCGUACGACUUACCGGAGCCAGCUCAAUGCUGCCCAGCGCCAUGUAUCUCUGCUGCCAGCUUGACACGGAGUUGCUCCUUCAAGGUUCCCCUCGCCUCGACGGUACUCUCGAGUGCCUGAGCUUACAGGACCUCGCGGCAUGCAUUAAUGCUCGCUCAUCACUAGUCCGGGUAGCCAUUUCCUCGUCCUUGGAUGUGCUUGACCCUUCCAAGCCAUCGCUGCAAUGCGACAACAUGCGAUGCCGACGCACCGUCGAGUCCAUGCGCCGCCGCAUUCUGGAUGGUGGCUCGCCGGCCCGGGGGCUUGCGCCUUCGGACGUCCUGAUAUCCGAAGUGCCGAACAUCCGCAACGCGCAAAGGCUACACUUCACGGGUUCUGACCUGUGUCAAAACUGUGGGGACGUAUUGUGUUCAGCUGAGCAGUGUAGGCGCAAUCAGUUCUGGGAAGGUCUUCCGAAGCAUCUGUCCGUCGGUAUUGCGAUACCAGCGGACUGGCCUCAUGCCCAGAACCCUCCAAGUUCAUCAUAUGUAUCUUCCAUCUAG